AUGCUUUUCCUAUUGAUUGCUCUGAAUGAUGUUCAGAGGAUUUCAUGCGCGGCAAAUGAUCAGUAUGCUGCAACCCAGGUCGUUGAUGACGAUGAAGAUGAAGAAGAGCUUGAUAAACCUCCAUCUGUUCAUGACGACAUGAGCGAUAAAGGAAACGAGAAAACACGAAAAGAUCCGCCUCAUGUAGAACAGACGCCAAGAAAAGAGCAGAAGGUUGACGACGUCGAGUUUGACCCGGAGGAGUUUGAAGGCUUCGAGCAAGCAGCUCCCAAGGCAGACGACCAGCAAGCAGAGUUGAACAGAAGGAUGGAAGAGGCGAGGCGAAGGAUGGCGAUGAUGAAAAAGAAGGAACUCUGGGAGUAUUACCCUGAGAUGAUUGCUGGAUUGAUUGUGUUGGUGUACGUUCUGAAUUACGUCCGAGGAAGUUCGAAGAACAGGCAAAUCGCCAACGGCUGGUUAUCUGUCUGUAUCAACAGGUUGCAAGACAACUUUGCGCUGGUUGGGAAGGACAACGAUGAGGUCCUGGUGAGAGACAGCGCCUGCCAUUACACGAUGUACUGCAGCGGAAGGGUUAACUGCGAAAGCGUUUCAAUCUCUCUCGAUCUUAAACCCAGGCAGGACCUCUUCUCCCUCCUCUGGGAAGUCUUUCAGCCUUUCGGGAGCGCAAAGUGGGAGGACACGGUGACGGUGGACGUGAUGCUGGGCAGCGAAGGAGAGACGGGGGGGAUGAAAGAGAAGUUCACUCUCGCAGUGCUGCAGAAGAGCUCUGAGAGCAAGGUGAGAUCUGAAAAUAAUGAUCUCGAGAGUGCAAUGGUCAGGCGAUGGAAGACGACAUUGCAUGACUCCUUCUCCUGCAUCGCCGACGACGAGGAGAUCCCAGUGGACCUUAUACCUGAUGUGGUUGCAAACACCCUCAACGACCACCGGCAGUACAUCCGCCUCAUCCACUUCUCCGACAAGAUGAUCGUGGGUCCCAUCAACCAGCGCGAGCAAAGAUCGUGCUUGAGGUUUUCCUUCUUCCUCCUCCCCGAUGAUCGACACGCGGCCAAGGUCAAGUAG